UGCCUUGUGGGUAAGGCGGAAGUAAACAAGCACACGUGCUAAAGAUGGAGCAUUCAGAGCUGAGUCAAACCUCAGACACGAGAAAAGUGAAUAAAACGGAUAUUUUAAAGGAUUUCCAGGCGUCGUUUUUCGCUAUGAGUCGUCUUGCGUCACUUCCGUGGACUUUUCUAGAAAACGACCUUGAAAGCAACAAAUCAUCAGAAUUAAUAUCAGACAUCCUAAAACAGACGUGUCUUCACUCUCUGUGCCGGAAGUUUCCGCCAUCAGUCAGAUAUCGGAGGCUGUUUCUGUCCGAGCUCAUCAGACGGCUGGAGGCUUCAGACUGUGAUCCUCUGGACGAGCUGUACGACGCUCUGGCCGAGGUUGUGGCUGCUGCGGAGACGACGGAGUGCUACAAGAGUUACUUACUGCCGUGUGGUGACGCUGUCAGCCUGUUGGAGAACGUAGCUGUGAUCUCAGAGGGAACCACCGGCCUGGUGACCUGGGAGGCUGCUCUCUACCUGGCAGAGUGGGCCCUGGAUCACCGGCAGUCCUUCACUGGCAGGACGGUUCUGGAGCUGGGCAGCGGCGUGGGGUUGACCGGCGUCACCGUCUGUCGCUCCUGCAGCCCGUCCAGAUACGUCUUCAGCGACUGUCACCCCAGAGUCCUGCAGAAACUGAGAGACAACGUGGAGCUGAAUGGUCUGGCCGAGCAGACGUCACCUUCGGUCAGCGUGGAGGAGCUGGACUGGACGGGAGUGACGGAGGAGCGGUUAAAAGAGAUCGGGGCUGACGUCGUCAUUGCCGCAGAUGUGGUGUACGACCCCGACAUCGUAGGAAGUCUGGUGAAGCUGCUGUCCAAGAUCCUGAGGUGUUCGUCCGCUGAAGUCCUCCCGGAGGUCUUCAUCUGCUCCACCGUCCGAAACCUGGAGACCUACAGCGGCUUCAAGCAGCAGCUGGAAAACGCCGGGAUCAGCCAUCAUGUGAUCACAGGACCCGUCAGCAAAGUGUUCACUUACAACAGAGUCUCUGCAAUAGAAAUGAUCAAACUGUACAUGUGACACGACCAGAGGCAGUACUGGAAGAAGAACUGAAAUGUUGUACUUCAGUAAAAGUGGAAAUACCACAAUGAAAAUAUACUCCAUUACGAGUAAAAGUGCAUUGAAAACAUUACUGAAGUAGAAGUACACAAGUAUUAGCGGCAAAAUGUAAGUAUCAAAAGUAAAACUACUCAUUAUGCAAAGAUGUAAGCAUAAUUUUAAUUGGCAGCUAAUUAGCUAGCUAGCGGCUAAGUGAUGUUAGCGGUGAAUGUUUGUUUGUUGGCUCGUUCAACAAGCUAAGCUGCAGGACGAGACGUGUUCAUGUUCAUGAGUUAGAUAAUAAGGAGACUUUAGCAGGAAAGCUAAUGUGGGUUGUUGUUCAGAGUCUGUGUAGCAGGAUGCAAUCAGGCUAAGUGUGACCGUCUGCUCUGACUGUGAUACCAUAUAAACCAGUAAUUAUCACUUUUUCUAGCUGAUGUAGGCUAAAAUAUUGUCUCUUUAGGCAAUUAUUUGGCUUGUGAAAUAUCAGAAGUUUUGUGAUAUGAUAAGAAAGGUUUACUGUAAAAACUGAAUAAUUUGGUAUCUAGUAAUAAUGAGGAAAUAUGUCAGCAUAACAUGAAAAAUAUCUUGUAACAAUGUAGAAAGGAAUUUGUUAGAAACUGAGCAAACAUUUUUUGUCAUGGUGGCAGCAGUACGCUGCUGUAGUAUUUCCCUCUUUGUGUCAGGCCUGUUUAAAGGUUCUGCUCAGUGGUGUUACUGGGUACACUGGCUUAAUACUUAUGUGCUUUUACUGAACCGAUGUGACAUUUUCACUACAGUUACUUGUAAUGAGUAUAUUUUAUAUCACAAUAUUGCUUCUCUUACUUCAGUAAAGGAUCUCAGAACUGAUCAACACACUGAUGGAGACGCCUCCCUCUCUACCUCCUAACUAAACACAUCACUACACCUGAUUCUGCUGUAAAAAUACUUUUGAGUUAUUGUAAUCACUUGUGAGUUUGAAUCCACUGACAGGUAGAACGGAUGGAUGGAAAUAUACUGAGUGGAUGUUAAAUUAGUCAGUUUGUCAAAGGGAACAUCUGGAUCCUGAGGGUAGACCAGUGGUCUCAUCUAUAACAGCAUUUUUAUAAAAUGACUGUUUUAUGUGUGAAAUAUAAAUCUAUAAAAUGAGCCGUGAGAUGGAACAUAAGUGCAGUACUCAGUACAUCACUGUCUGUAGCACAAUAAAGAUUUUAUUUACAAAUGUA